UUUGUAAGAAAGGGUGAGAACGCGAAGGGUUUACACAGGAGAAAUGGGUUUCAUAUCGGUGCUCGUUGACGCCGUCGUGGUGGUCUUCUCCGUUGUGCUUGCGGUGACGGCGCCAUUGUUCGACGCACAGAUCGUCCUCCCCGAUUCGCUCUAUCCGACGCAGCUCGUGAAGCUAAAGCGGUGGUACGCCGAAGAGUUCGGCGACUAUUUGAUGGCCGAGAAGCCCGGCUUCUUCACUGGCCUCAUAUGGCUGGAGAUCGCCUUCCUCUGGCCCCUCUCCGUCGCCAAUGUCUACGGAAUCAUCGCCCGCCGCCCCUGGGUUGCCACCACUUCCCUCAUGGCGGGCGUCAACGUCGCCACGACCAUGGCGGCCAUAAUGGGAGAGUUGCUGGGUUCAGGGAAAGCAUCAGAUAGACUGAUUCAAUUUUAUGCUCCAUUCAUGGUUUUUGCCUUCUUGGCGAUCAUACGAGGGCUGCUUCCUCGACGCAACCCUCCUGCCCUUUCAGGCAAAAGCAAGAAGAAGAGGGCCUAAUUGCAGCAGCUGCUGGUGCCUCGCGGUGUAGUUGUUCUUUGGCUUCCUGUCGUUGACAAAUUACCUGUUGGAUUUUAUGCUUUAUCGAUCUUGUCUGUUAUUGAGGUUGGAACUUACAUUUUUUUGCAUAUUGAAUUGGACCUUAUUCGGGGACGAAAAUACAAUUCUUUAGGUGGUUUUUUUUUUUUUUUUUGCGUAAUAAAAUAUAAAU